UGUCCAGCCCUCGAGGUCGCCAGCUGGAUUGGUGGUGGUCUGAGAAUGAACGUGGUGUCUCCCCGGGAAGUGACCUGGGGAGAGGGACACGGAUUUCCAAUCGAGUUGGGGGAGAGAUUGGCCAGGUGCCGCAGCAGCGAGCAGCGUGCAGCCAGGCGGACGAGAGGGGCAACAGCCCAGUGGGCGUCUUGCGGGCUGGUGGCAACGGAGAGCAGGCAGAAGCGGCGGAAGCUCUUGAGGCGUCCCGGGGAAGCUCCUGUCGUCUACGGCCAUACCACCCUGAACUUGCUCGAUCUCUUCUGAUAUCGGAAGCUAAAUACGGUCGACCUGGGAGCACCGGUGCAGGAGGCUGUGACUGUCCUAGGCAGGCAUGCAGGUUGGUGAGACCAGUUGGAACCAAGGCCGUCAGGGGAAAAGCCUGAACCAUUUACUGAAGAGGUUUCCCAGAGCGCUACAGCAAUGAUUAAUUUCAGGGGUCAGAGAGUGAAUCAGCAGCAAUACCUGUUUCUCUGGUUUCUCCUGUGUGCUUUCAGUCACAUUACAGGCAACUGCAUCUCAGAAGUGGGGUCCUCUCUGACCAGGACCCAGGGAAACGAUGUUCUUUUCCGUCUAGACCGAAAAAUAGGAAAUGAGACCCGGCAGAUUAGAUGGUAUUCGGAAUCUAAGAAGCUGCUCCUACUCACUACCUAUCCAGGGAAGAGCAGUCAAAGCCAGAUCAUUCCCCAAAAAGCAUAUGAGGGGAGACUGUCUGCCCCUGAUGAUAAUUCUCUGAAGUUAAUUAAUCUGACCUCUGAAGACAGUGGAUGUUAUAAAACUGAAGUAACAUCGGUCUUAGGAGAGACACAUACCCAGCAGUUCAAUUUAACUGUCAUUGGGACUGUGAGUACAGUAUCUAACAUGAACCUAUGGAUUUGGACAGUCAUAGUCCCAGGAUCAUUGGCGGUCCUAAUUCUAGUUGCCUACUGUCUACGAAAACGAUGGAACUGUUACAAAACUCAAGCCACUCCAGGCAAUGACAGAGGAAGAAACAUGCCACCAGUACCAAACCAUAUGGAGGACAGAAGACUAGAGGAAGGAUGUGCACUUGUCCAGAUGGUUUCCCUUCAGAUCAAGAAGCACAGCCCAAGAGCACAUGGAAGAGAACCAAUGACAGCAUCAGGGUGAUGUCUUGACUUGCAAGUGAACUGGGUUUCAGUGAAGCAGAGCUUUGCAAAGUCAUCAUCGUCACUCUCUCCUCCAGAGACAUCUGAGUCCAGCAGGAAGACAUAGAUUAGGACAACUUGGGAACCACACAAGACAAUGAAGGAGGAAUGCUGGAUAGAGCCUCCACACCCCAGGAGAGCAGUGGAGAGCAGCAGAGACAGGAGUAGUCCAAGCACAUCGACCAAAGAUAUAUUUCCCCUGCACUGUUGGAAACCUGAGCUGAUUUGUCCAGACCUGUGGCCUGGGUACUGAUGUCUUCUAUGUGUGUGCUUCUCUAUAAGUGUUAACCUACAUGUAUCCGUGCUUCAGACUGAGGGUAUAUAUUGGUGGCAAGCUCUGCCUUGGGUUUCCAGGGGAAAUGUCCUUGCUUCUCUCUUUACUAACUUCGGAAAUCUAAUUCUGUCCAUAAUCCUCAUUCCUCCCCCUCCUUCCAGAACUCCAUUACCUCAAUGCUGAUCUCUAACAAGGGGAAACCCUUUUUUUUUGUCCAGGAACAAGAGUCUAGGCCAUUUCUGACAAGCUCUACACCAGGCCACAGAGCACUUUCUCUACCUCAUUCUAAUACCCCUUUCUGUAUUGUCUUCUACCAUUCACAUGUAAGCUAACCUGAAGGCAGUGUGAAUACUGAGAAAGAGAAUGGUAUCAAGAAGACCCCAGCUCAAAUCCCAUCUUAGACACUUAAUAGAUGUGUGACCCUGAGUAAGUCAAUUAGCUUCAGUUUCUUCAUCUGUAAAAUGUUAAUAAUAGCACCUACCUCCCAGAGUAGGAGAAA